CGAGUUCCUUCCUCGAGUUUCCAAGUUGUCUUCGGAGUUUGACUGCAGUUGGGAUUUGGGAGUUUAAGUAAAAAUGGGAGCUUGUAUGGCAUUGUGUUCACUCGCCAGCUGUGCGUCGUGUUUAUGUGGCUCGGCCCCCUGCCUCCUGUCAGCAUGCUGUCCUUCAACAUACAACUCCACAGUGAGCCGCCUGGCCUUCUCCUUCUUUCUGCUGCUGGGAACUCUGGUGUCGGUCAUCAUGAUUCUGCCAGGGAUGGAGACGAAGCUAAAACAGAUUCCAGGCUUCUGCGUGGGCGGCUCUUCAAUACCCGGCAUAGAGAACAAGGUGAACUGUGACAUCAUCGUCGGCUACAAGUCUGUGUACCGCAUGUGCUUCGCCAUGGCCUGCUUCUUCUUCCUCUUCUCCAUCAUCAUGAUUCGUGUGCGCAGCAGCAAGGACCCCAGAGCCGCCAUCCAAAAUGGCUUCUGGUUCUUCAAGUUCCUCGUACUGGUUGGCAUCACUGUGGGAGCUUUCUUCAUCCCAGAUGGGACCUUUAACACAGUGUGGUAUUACUUCGGAGUGGUGGGCUCCUUCGUUUUCAUCAUCAUCCAGCUCAUCCUCCUGGUGGACUUUGCUCACUCCUGGAACCAGUCCUGGCUGGAGAAGGCCGAGAACGGAAGCCCUAAGUGCUGGUAUGCAGCUCUUUUGUUCUUCACCAUCCUCCAGUAUGCUCUGGCCUUUGCUGCUGUGGUGCUUUUCUAUUUGUUCUACACCCAAGGUGAUGACUGUACAGAGCACAAGGUCUUCAUCAGCCUCAACCUCAUUUUCUGUAUCAUCGUGUCCAUUGUGUCCGUGCUGCCCAAAGUCCAGGAGGCUCAGCCUUCCUCAGGCUUGCUGCAAGCCUCCCUCAUCUCCCUCUACACGAUGUACGUCACCUGGUCUGCCAUGACCAAUAACCCCAACCGCAAGUGUAACCCCAGUCUGCUGAGUCUCGUCAACACCAGUCCAACACCGGCACCUGAACCAGCACCUACCCAAGCUCCCAACGUCCAGUGGUGGGAUGCACAGGGCAUUGUGGGAUUGGUCAUCUUCUUCUUCUGUACUCUCUACGCCAGCAUCCGCUCCUCGAACAACGCCCAGGUGAACCGGCUGAUGCAGACAGAGGAAGGGCAGGGUCUGGCUGCUGGGUACGAGUCCGCCACCGGGGAGGACGGAGUCCACCAUGCUGUGGACAACGAAGAAGAUGGAGUCACUUACAGCUACUCCUUCUUCCACUUCAGCCUCCUGCUGGCCUCGCUCUACAUCAUGAUGACCCUCACCAACUGGUACAUGCCGGACAGCGACUACCAGGCCAUGCAGAGCAGCAUGCCGGCCGUCUGGGUGAAGAUCAGCUCCAGCUGGCUCGGCCUCGCCCUCUACCUGUGGACCCUGGUGGCCCCGCUGGUCCUCCCGAACCGAGACUUCAGCUGAAACACCUCAAGUCAGUUACAGAGCUUCUUGCCGUUUGUACCACUAAGAGCAGAUAGUUUUAGCUUUGAAGUGACCUGCUUGAUUGUUUCUUUCAAGAUCGGGUUCAUAUUGCAAUGUGCUUUACUUUCCACCUCAGGGCAUCGGAUAUGCCAGCCAGUCACUGAUUGUUUGCGGUUUUAUUCAAAAUGAUCUGUCUUGAUCUUUUGCAGAAAUAUAGGAAUGGCUGCUGAGUAAGCUUUAAUCAGGCAUGCCUUUUUUUUUUUUACCUCAGGUUAUUUCCCACCUACAGCUAGAAGAUAUUAAAAUUUAGGACACUAUAUAUCUUUAUAUGAAACGAUAGAAUGAAAUUUGGAAGAUCCUCAAGGGGAUUUUUUCCAGUGUGCCUUUUUAAUUUUUUUUUACUGCCUUUCCGUUGUAUUCUUUAAUCAUUCUGCUUAAGUCAGGCCUUUACAGCUGUGUUAAGCGUCUGUCUAAUCAUUGGAUAUUAAGCUGGCAUUUCCUUUGUUCUAGUUACACACUGUUAUUGAACAUUUUGCAUUAUAUUAGCACCUAGUUUUCUCUUGACGUGCCUUGUAUAAUUUGCACUCAACACUUAUUCAGAGGGACCAGUUUUAUACUUCUAAUUUUGUAUACUUUUACAUUAUCUUUUGUUUUGUUUUUUGAAAACAAUGCUCAGUUUUAAGUGUAUAGUUGCUUGUUGAUAUGUAGUUUAUUUCAUUCUAAUCAAUAAAGUUGCCAGUCUCUGGCCAGUUGUCUGUGAA